AUGAAUAAUAGAGGAUUUGUUCUUCUCCUUCUUCUGACAUGUAUUUUCACGGUUUAUUCUGCAAGUAUACAGAUAAACCCUGUGGGACCAAACCUGCUGGUAGGACGAGGAAACAGGCAGAUUCUAGAUUGUUUUGUGAGUGACCAGGCACCAUUAACCCUCGACUACACAUGGAGUCAUCCAGCAGGAUCGAAUCUUAUAAU